UACUACACGAACAAAGAGGAGAACAACAUGAGACUCACUCGUAUCGAUUGAGCUGUGGACAAACGUUUCUAAGGAUACACUUCGCGGAGGUAGCUGCUUCAGAGAUGGAACAGAAGCCAGCAGAGAGGUACGAGCCGGCCAGCCCCCGCUCUGGAAUGUUGACCCGGUCUGGAGAGAAGUGUCGUGAUCUGGAGACUGAGAUCUCUAGUCUGGAGGAGAACCUGGAGGUGCUGAAUGUGGGAAAGAGAACCUCCAUGUUGUAUGUUCCUGCUCUGCUGCUGACCACUCUGAAGGAGCUCACUGAAGAACAGCUGAAGACAUUUCAGUCUCACCUGACUAGGGGCUGGACGUUAGUCUUUCCUCUCAUCCCAGACAGCCAGCUGAAGAACACUAACAGACAGGACACAGUGGAUCAGAUGGUGAAGGGAUACGGCCCUGAGGGAGCUGUGAGGAACACAGUGAUGUUCCUGAGGAGGAUGAAGCUGGAUGAUCUGCCAGAGAAGUUACAGAGAGAUCACAGUGCAGGUACUGCCACUUCCUCAUACAAGUUAUUUGACCAACCCAGGCACCGACCCAUCUUCUCCCCAAUGGAACCCGAAUACCAUCAUCACUCAUUCUCCUCCUCCUUGUUUCAACCUGGCUCGUCUAAGGAGUUGUUGUCAUUAACUUCUGCUGGUAGUUCAGGACAGCUCAGUUUACAGCAUCACAUGCCCAUGGUUUCCUCUUCCUCCUCCUCCCCUUCAUCACACAUGACAGUGUAAUGUCCUGCUGAACCACCAGGGGGCCCUAGAGACAAGGAUCAGUGUAAUGUCCUGCUGAACCACCAGGGGGCCCUAGAGACAAGGAUCAGUGUAAUGUCCUGCUGAACCACCAGGGGGCCCUAGAGACAAGGAUCAGUGUAAUGUCCUGCUGAACCACCAGGGGGCCCUAGAGACAAGGAUCAGUAAUGUCCUGCUGAACCACCAGGGGGCCCUAGAGACAAGGAUCAGUAAUGUCCUGCUGAACCACCAGGGGGCCCUAGAGACAAGGAUCAGUAAUGUCCUGCUGAACCACCAGGGGGCCCUAGAGACAAGGAUCAGUGUAAUGUCCUGCUGAACCACCAGGGGGCCCUAGAGACAAGGAUCAGUAAUGUCCUGCUGAACCACCAGGGGGCCCUAGAGACAAGGAUCAGUAAUGUCCUGCUGAACCACCAGGGGGCCCUAGAGACAAGGAUCAGUGUAAUGUCCUGCUGAACCACCAGGGGGCCCUAGAGACAAGGAUCAGUAAUGUCCUGCUGAACCACCAGGGGGCCCUAGAGACAAGGAUCAGUGUAAUGUCCUGCUGAACCACCAGGGGGCCCUAGAGACAAGGAUCAGUAAUGUCCUGCUGAACCACCAGGGGGCACUAGAGACAAGGAUCAGUGUAAUGUCCUGCUGAACCACCAGGGGGCCCUAGAGACAAGGAUCA